AUGUUGGUGACAGGAAAUGAUGCAACUCAAAUUGAAGUAUUCAAGAAGGAUAUGAUAGAGGUAUUUGAGAUGACUUAUCUUGGUGAGAUGCAUUACUUUCUGGGAAUGGAGAUCAAGCAAAGUCAAAAUGAGGUGUUUAUUUGCCAGAAGAAGUACAUGAAGGAGAUUUUGAAAAGGUUCUAUAUGGAAGAGUGCAAGAGUGUGAGCACUCCAAUGAAUCAAAAAGAAAAACUUCAAAAGACGGAUGGGGCAGAUUCUAAAGAUGAGAAGGUGUAUAGGAGUCUUGUUGAGUGUCUUAUGUACCUCACAUCCACUAGGCCAUACAUCGUGUACACUAUAAGUGUUUUGUCUAUAUUUAUCCAUUGUACAAGUGAAAUUCAUAUGAUUGCUGCAAAGAGAGUGUUAAGAUAUUUGAAUGGGACACUUGCAUAUGGAAUCAAUUUUAGUAAAGUUGAGAAGUUCAAGCUACAAGGUUUUUCUGAUAGUGAUUGGGCUGAAUCACUAGAUGAUAUGAGAAACACUUCAGCUACAACUGCUGUGAACAAAGCCUUGUGGCUAAAGAAGCAAAUGGAUGAUCUGCAUUUGAAGCAAGAGGGGGUUAUAGAAGUGUUUGUGGAUAAUCAAGUUACUCUAGCUAUUUCACUUAAUCUUGUAUGGUAUGUGAAAGAGAAUUGUACCUUUAGAGUUUCUGAAACCAACGCGGAAAAGGAACCGACACCACCUGAGGUGGCACCGAAAAACCAUAGUAUGGUAGUGGACGGCCAUAAGGAGAAGUGCGAGAAUUACAGGCCUUGGAUGCUGGUGGAAAGGAAAUCAAGGAGGAAGGUUAGGGAUUUUGAGCAAAAGAAAGCUGGAAUUCAGGGAAAAUUUUGGAAGGAUCCCUUUUCAGAUCCUUGUCUGAUGUUAAUUUGA